AUGACGGAGCUAGUGUUCAGCGCACGGGCGGAGAGCGCGUCUUCAUUCGCCGAGGCAGGGAUGCGGUUGGACCUUGUCGAGCACGGCGAAUCCUUCGGGAGCAGCCCAGGAAGCUCGGGGGUGCCGUCCUCGCCGGCGUCGCUGCAGCUGGACGAGGACGAGAAGCAGGAACGCAAGGGGCCGUUCGCGUGGUGCUGCACACCAGGCAUGAGGCUGUGGUGGGUGCUCGCCGUCAUCUUCGCGGGGACACUGAUCGCCCUCUGCCUCGCCUUCAUACCAGAAUGGUCGAACGGACCAUCGUCUCUGGAGGUCCUCGUCCCCAUCGAGACGCCCGAGAGGGCUCCCGUGAUCGCACAGGCCGUGUCUGCCGCUGGGUUGCCCAGCCUGGAGGGCGAACGCAGCUCGAUCGACGCCCUGCUCAACAUCAAGGUCAACACAGGAGGCGCGCGCCGCAUGAUGCUUCAGGAGGCGACGGAGGCGGACAUGCGGUUCGCGGUGUGCGAGACAUGGAAGCGCGUUCUGGGCGCGCGGGGCGUGUCGUUCGUCGAGGUGCUGGCGAGCGCUGCGCAGGUCGCGGGGGGGGAGUUUGAGGUGGUGGUCAGGGUGGUGUUUGCCGACGAGCAGGCGGCGCAGUCCGGCGCGGCGGUGCUGAGCGCGCACUACCGGGCCGUGACGGCGGCGGACAUGCUGGACGCGAGCGUGGCGAGGGGCAUCGUGGUGGUGGACGUGGCGAAGCAGGACAGCCUGCUGCUGUCGACGGCACAGAUUCGCGACGGCGAGUACAGCUGCCCUGCGCUGUCGGCGAACCACGGCGGGGUGUAUUACGGCGCGUUUUUCCUUGAUGAACAGUUGCAAUUCGUGCUCGAGUGGACGCUCAGCAGCCACGAGAACAUGACCAGCUUCUUCCUUGCGUACCGGGCCGGCGACAACUACACGUACCGGGUGUACGACCCCGCGACCGGGUCCACGAUUUCGUCAGACGGGCAGCUGCGCAUGUCGCUUUCUGCGUCCAUGCGAUACACGGGCGGCUGCCCGUCGAGGCUGUCCCGCGACGAUGGCGUGUGGAUGGAUGAGCAGAAGGUCACCGAGGGCGCGUUCACAUCGUCGCUGUGCUGCUGCAAGACCAAGCGCGGGGCGCUGUGGGCGGUGCUCGCGCUCGUGCUCCUCCUCGUCGCGGGGGGCGUCGCCGCCUCCGUCCUGCUCCUCUUCCCGGGAGGGGGCAGCGAGGGGUUCCGACAGCAGCCGAUGGUCAUUGGCACGCCGGGAGAUGCCUCGGUGGUCGCCAGGGCCGUGUCUGCCGCCCGCUUCCCCAGCCUGCAGGGCUCUCACCAAUCGAUCGACGCCCUGCUCAACAUCAAGGUCAACACAGGAGGCGCGCGCCGCAUGAUGCUUCAGGAGGCGACGGAGGCGGACAUGCGGUUCGCCGUGUGCGAGACAUGGAAGCGCGUGCUGGGCGCGCGGGGCGUGUCGUUCGUCGAGGUGCUGGCGAGCGCUGCGCAGGUCGCGGGGGGGGAGUUUGAGGUGGUGGUCAGGGUGGUGUUUGCCGACGAGCAGGCAGCACAGUCCGGCGCGGCGGUGCUGAGCGCGCACUACCGGGCCGUGACGGCGGCGGACAUGCUGGACGCGAGCGUGGCGAGGGGCAUCGUGGUGGUGGACGUGGCGAAGCAGGACAGCCUGCUGCUGUCGACGGCACAGGCACAGCCGACAGCUGCUCCCACGUCGACGACCGCCCCGCUGGCGACGAGCCCGGCCGGGUCCUCCGUGACCCAGGCGCCCGCAGGUGGCCCAGUCACGGCGAGCGCAACAGCCCCAGCGACCGGCAGUACUGCCAACCCCACGGUGGCGUCAUCGGCAAGCACCAGCGCUCCCCAAACGACGACCGCUGGGGAUGUGGCUCAGGGCGCUGCCUCCGGGACGACGGUGGCGGCGACGACCGCCUCGACCGCUAGUUCCACGGCCGCUGCGACGGCUGCGCCUUCGAGCGAGGGAGCUGCGACUCCGGAGCCCACUUUUGAAGCCGCUUCACCGGCGGCGCCAUCCACGUCCGCGGCACCGACAGUAGCGGCCGAACUCGCGACAGCGAGUGCGCCGCCCACGACCACGGCCGCGCCCACGACGACUGCCGCGCCAACGACCACAGCGGCACCGACGACGACCGCGGCGCCCACUACCACAGCCGCGCCCACGACGACAGCGGCACCGACGACGACUGCGGCGCCCACGACCACAGUGGCGCCCACUCUUGCGCCCGUGAGCUUCGUUUCCGAGAGCGUCUUGGAGGCGAAAAAGACCGCGUGCGAGGCCAACAAUGGCACCUGGUCAAACAGGGUGUGCAGCUCGGGUCUGAACUCUUUCAACUGGUGCGGAGCGGGCCGCAAGGUCAUCGCGCUCACCUUCGACGACGGACCCGUCUUGCCGACGUCCUGGGAUGCCAGCAGGCCGCACACACGCACGGUUCUGGAGGACCUCGCAGCCACUGGCCUGCGCGCCACGUUCAUGAUCGCGCCCACCGCGAUCACCUACACCCCUGAGACGCUGCCGCAGAAGUGCGAGGUGCUCCGGGCCACCCUGGCCGCGGGCCACGAGGUCCAGAGCCACACGUGGCUGCACCGUCAGAUGCCGUCCACCACUGACAUUGCGGGGGAGCUGCAGACCGUGCAGGACUGGUACCGCAACUGCACGGGCGGCGCCACGCCGCUGUCGAUGAUUCGGCCGCCGUUCGGAGAAAUCGACCUGCGCUCGGCGACGGCGAGCAACGAGGCCGGGCACAUUGUGUUUACGUGGUCGAACAACUCGGACGACUGGAAGCUCGCCUGGUCGGACAUUCCGACGGAGGACAAGAUCGACCGCAUCCUCGACCGCGUCAUGUACGCGCUCGACGUGGAGACCAAGCAGCCCGUCCCGGGUGUUUCGCGGCUGGCCGACAUCCUGGCGGCGGGCGAUUCCGCAACGCUUCUGUUCCACGACCAGGCGUACUGGCCGGGACUCCUGGCGCGGCUCAAGGCCGCGAUUCACGCGAUCGACCCCGAGUACACGUUCGUCUCGGCGUCCGAGUGCUACCACGGUUGCAUCGACCUCGUCUGCAACGCGCCGGCGGGCGACCUUCGAUGUGCGCCCGAGUACUGCGGGUGGUAG